UUCUCGUGGAUUUUGUGCUUGUGCUAAACAAAGCAGCAGAAGUGCUGAAUUGUAUCUCCCAUCUCCUCGGCUGUCGCAACACUGGUUGUUCACUUCACUUUUCCAACUGAAACCUAGAAGCUCAGUUCGUGGGAAAAGCUUGAGUCGGCAUUUGGCAGGCAUGACUUCACAACAACAACAACAGUCGGCGUCCAUACCUGGCAACGAACUGAGACUGUCAUGGAAGCUGACAGCGGAAGGGAUUGCUAAAAGUGCGGACGAACUGAUGACCAAAUCUAAAGCCGUCCAUGAUGCUGUAGGGGCAUUGAAACCAGAUGAAGUAACAUACGAAAAUGUGAUAAAAACCCUGGCAGAUGGGGACUGCGAAUACUCUGUGAGGAGAAACAACCUAGAUUUUGUCCAGCAUGUAUUCAGCGACAAAGCUAUGAGGGAUGCUAGCGUGGAAGCUGAUAAAAAACUGUCAGAGUUUGAUGUAGAAAUGAGCAUGCGUCAGGAUGUGUUUGAUACCCUGGUGACCUUCCAGAAGAAGCAGGGAGAUGGAUUGAAGCCCGAGGCAUCGAGGUACCUGGAGAGGCUGAUCAAACUGGGCAAGAGGAAUGGCUUACAUUUACCCAAGGAGAAACAAGAGAAGAUUAAAACUAUCAAAAAAAGGAUGAGUGACCUAGGAAUAGACUUCAACAAGAACUUGAAUGAAGAGAAUACAAUACUAGAAUUUACGGUAGAAGAGCUAGCUGGUCUGCCAGAAGAUUUUGUGAAAAAUUUAGAAAAGACAGAAGAUGGAAAGUGUAAAGUGUCCCUGAAAUACCCACAUUACUUCCCCUGUAUGAAGAAAGCUCGUAACCAAGAGACUAGGAAAAAGCUGGAGAUUGCUUUUCAUUCCAGAUGUAUGAAAGAGAACUCUGCAAUACUGGAAGAACUGGUGAAACUACGGCAUGAGAAAGCAGAGAUACUUGGCUACUCCACCCACGCUGAGUUUGUCCUGGAGAUGAGGAUGGCGAAGGAUCCGAAAGCCGUCAGCACGUUUUUACAACAGUUGUCCGAAAAACUGCGACCUCUGCAGGCAGAAGAAGUGAAACUUUUCUUAGAAUACAAGAAAGAUGAGUGCGAGAAAUUUGGAUUUGAGUUUGACAACAAGAUAAACAUGUGGGACUACCGAUACUUUAUGAACAUGGCUGAGGAGAAGAAGUACGCUGUGGAUCAUGACAAACUGAAGGAAUACUUCCCCAUGGAUGUCGUCACCAAAGGACUGCUGGAAAUUUACCAGGAGUUGUUGAGUCUAAAGUUUGAGGAAGUCCCAGCAGCUGAUGUGUGGCAACAGGACGUGAAGAUGUACAGUGUCUGUGAACAGGACACUGGUUCUCUGCUGGGGUAUUUUUAUUUAGACUUGUAUCCAAGAGAAGGAAAAUAUGGCCAUGCAGCCUGUUUUGGUCUCCAGCCUGGCUGUUUAUUGGCCGAUGGGAACAGGCAGAUCUCAGUGGCAGCCAUGGUAGCAAACUUCACUAAACCGACCCCUGACCACCCCUCUCUGUUGACCCAUGAUGAGGUGGAGACCUAUUUCCAUGAGUUUGGUCAUGUGAUGCACCAGAUCUGUUCUAAGGCAGACUUCUGUCUCUUCAGUGGGACGAGCGUGGAGAGAGACUUUGUUGAGGCUCCUUCCCAGAUGCUGGAGAACUGGUGUUGGGAGAAGGAACCUCUAUGCCGGAUGUCUGCCCACUACAAGGAUGGCAGCAGUAUCCCAGAUGACAUGUUAAAAAAGUUACUGAGAUCGCGUACGGCAAAUGCAGGCGUUUUCAAUCUGCGACAGAUUCUGCUGGGUACAUUUGACCAAACCAUUCAUACCCAGGCAGAGGCUGAUACCGCCGCCUUGUUUGGCAAACUGUCCAAGGAGAUUUUGGGAAUCGAGUCUUCUCCAAACACUAACAUGUCUGCCUCAUUUGGGCACUUGGCUGGAGGGUAUGAUGCCCAGUACUAUGGAUAUCUGUGGAGUGAGGUGUUCAGCAUGGACAUGUUUUACUCUCGGUUCAGCAAGGAAGGGGUCAUGAACCCAAAAGUUGGUCAAGAUUACAGAAAAUGCAUUCUCCAGCCAGGAGGCACUUUGGAUGCAGACGUGAUGCUGAAGAAUUUCCUGGGAAGAGAGCCUAACCAGGAAGCCUUCUUACACAGCAAGGGAUUGUAAUGGAGACUUACAGUUGCUUCCCUUUCUCAGCAGGCCACAGUGUCCAAUGACAUGAAUCAAACUUGGAAGCUCAGUAUUGUUGACUUCAUAUUCUUCAUGCAAGAUGACGCCAUUAUCAUAUCACAGAUUUGACAAAUACUCAGUGAGCAGAGAGAUUUGAGAAUAACUUAAUGAUGACUUGUCAUCAGUGUUUAUUUCAGGUGUUGAAGGAAAGGAGAAAGCAUGGUACAUUGUACAAUGUGUGGACUUUGAGCAACAGCAUUUUUUUAUUUCU